AUGUUAGCUCGAGCAGAAAUGGUUGAUUGUAAACUUAUCUCAACUCCAUUUUUAGUAGGCUCUCAUCUAAAUGAUUCAUGUACUUUAUAUUCCGUUGCUACUCAUUUUCGUUUGAUAUCUGGUGUAUUGCAAUAUUUGACUCUUAUGCGUACAUAUUUAUCAUAUGGUGUGAGCUUUAUAUGUCAAUAUCUGAAUGCACCUAAUGCUGAUCAUUAUACCGCCCCAAAGCGUAUUUUACGCUAUGUCAAAGGAACUACCACUAUGGUCUGCAAAUAUCAAGGAACUCUUCUCAGUCUCUUCUUGGAUAUUCUGAUGUUGAUUGGGCCGGCUGCCAUGUCACUCGACGCUCAACAACUGGAUUUGUUGUUUACCUUGGCUGCAACUUAA